AUGCCGGAAAUUCAACAGACUGAUGAUGGUGGGGAGGUUGAAACCUUCGCAUUUCAAGCGGAAAUUGCUCAGUUGAUGAGUUUGAUCAUCAACACCUUUUACUCUAACAAAGAAAUCUUCUUGAGAGAACUGAUCUCCAACGCUUCUGAUGCUUUAGAUAAAAUCCGAUAUGAAAGUUUGACAGAUCCAUCCAAAUUGGACAGUGGAAAAGAUCUCCAAAUCAGAAUUGUCCCUGACCGAGAAAACAAAACUUUGACCAUUGAAGACACUGGUAUUGGAAUGACCAAGGCUGAUUUAGUUAACAACUUAGGUACCAUUGCCAAAUCUGGAACCAAAGCUUUCAUGGAGGCUCUCCAAGCUGGUGCCGAUAUUUCUAUGAUUGGUCAAUUUGGUGUGGGUUUCUACUCUGCCUAUUUGGUAGCUGAUAAAGUGGUUGUAGAAUCUAACAAUAACGAUGAUGAGGCCUAUAUUUGGGAAUCCUGUGCUGGAGGUUCAUUCACUGUACGACACAUUGACAAUCCAACUGUAAGCAGAGGAACCAAGAUAACUCUGUACCUGAAAGAAGAUCAAGCUGAAUAUUUAGAGGAGCGAAGAAUCAAGGAAGUGAUCAAGAAACACAGUCAGUUUAUUGGGUAUCCUAUUAAAUUAUUGGUCGAGAAAGAACGAGAAAAGGAAGUGUCAGAUGAUGAAGAGGAAGAAGAGGAAAAGAAGGAAGAAAAAGAUGAUGAAGGACAAGAUAAACCAAAAGUAGAAGAUCUUGAAGAAGAUGAAGAUGCUGAUAAAGAAGGAAAAGACAAGAAAAAGAAGAAAAUUAAAGAAAAAUACACAGAAGAUGAGGAAUUGAACAAAACUAAGCCAAUCUGGACUAGAAAUCCUGAUGAUAUUACUCAAGAAGAAUAUGCUGAAUUCUAUAAAUCUUUAACCAACGAUUGGGAAGAUCAUUUAGCUGUCAAACAUUUCUCUGUAGAAGGUCAACUUGAGUUCCGUGCUUUGUUAUAUCUACCAAAACGAGCUCCAUUUGACAUGUUCGAAAACAAGAAAAAGAAAAACAACAUCAAAUUAUACGUACGAAGAGUAUUCAUUAUGGACAAUUGUGAGGAGAUUAUCCCAGAAUAUCUUAACUUUAUUCGUGGUGUGGUGGAUUCGGAAGAUUUACCUCUGAAUAUUUCUCGUGAAAUGUUGCAACAGAGUAAAAUCCUGAAAGUUAUUCGAAAGAAUCUGGUGAAGAAGGCCAUGGAACUUUUUGAUGACAUCGCUGCUGAUAAAGACAACUUUAAAAAAUUCUACGAACAAUUCAGCAAAAACUUGAAGCUUGGUAUUCAUGAAGAUACAACCAAUCGUAAGAAACUGGCUGAUCUAUUGAGAUAUUAUACCUCUAGCUCUGGUGAUGAGAUGACCAGUCUUAAAGAAUAUGUAUCUAGAAUGAAGGAGAACCAGAAGUCUAUUUACUACAUUACUGGUGAAACCAAAGAAGCAGUUCAGAAUUCUGCUUUUGUUGAACGAGUACGAAAGCGAGGAUUUGAAGUUAUUUACAUGAUUGAUCCUAUUGAUGAGUACGCCAUCCAACAAUUGAAAGAGUAUGACGGCAAGACGCUGGUCUGUGUUACCAAGGAAGGUCUGGAAUUACCAGAAGAUGAAGAGGAAAAGAAGAGAUUCGAAGAAGCCAAGGCCAACUUUGAAGGAUUAUGUAAAGUCAUCAAAGAAAUCCUUGAUAAGAAAGUUGAAAAGGUUGUGGUAUCAAACAGAUUGGUAUCAUCGCCGUGUUGUAUCGUCACCAGUCAGUACGGUUGGUCAGCCAACAUGGAGAGGAUCAUGAAGGCACAAGCAUUACGUGAUACUAGCACCAUGGGAUACAUGGCUGCCAAAAAACAUUUAGAAAUCAACCCAGAUCAUCCUAUUGUGAAAACAUUGAAAGAGAAGGCUGAUGCUGACAAAAAUGACAAGAGUGUUAAAGACUUAGUUUUGUUGUUAUUCGAAACCUCUUUAUUAGCUUCUGGAUUUACACUGGAGGAUCCUACAUCACACGCAAACCGAAUUCAUAGAAUGGUCAAGUUAGGUCUAGGAAUCGAUAUCGAUGAUGAUGGCAGUGGCGAUGCUAUGGAAGCAGCUACAGACGACAUGCCGCCAUUAGAAGGUGACGAUGAUGAUACAUCCAAGAUGGAGGAAGUGGAUUAA